AUGUCAUUUCUCAUUUUGCUACUGCUGCCGCUGGCUUUUGCUACUGAAGCUGUGUCCUCCAACUCGGAUCCUGGAUACAACUGCCGGCCUGGCCAAGGUUGCUGGCCAUCCAUCGAGGAGUGGACGCAGUUCAACAGCAGCGUCGGCGGCCAUGUAUACAAAACUGUGCCGCUCGCCGCCGCCUGCUACAAGAGCUCACCUUAUUACGACGAAAACGCCUGCCAUUCGAUUCAAGAGCUCUACGGAAACAGCACAAGCCGAGGCGAGUUUUUCGGCCAGACGUAUUGGCUGAACUGGGAGACUUGCCACAACACCGGCUGCGGCCUCCUCGAGUCGGACCCGACCGAGUCUCUGUACUCGAGCUGCUCGCUUGGGCGCCUUGCGGCCUACUACGUGGACGUCCGCGAGCCGUCGCACAUCUCCGCGGCCCUGCAGUUCGCCAAGAAGCACAAUAUCCGCAUCAGCAUCAAGAACACCGGCCAUGACUUUUACGGGCGGUCGUCGGUCCCCAACACCCUCGCCAUAUGGACCAAGAACCUCGCCACGAUGCGGUACCACGCCAACUUUACCGCGCACGACUGCCGCGCCGCCGACGGGCCAAACGUGGGGGAGCUCGGCGCCGGCGUCAUCGCCGGCGACGCCUACCGCUACUUUGCCCGUCAUGGCAUGGACGUCACGGGCGGCUACGAGCAGUCCGUCGGCGUGGCCGGCGGCUUCGCCCAGGGCGGCGGCGUCGGGUCCUUCACCACCACCUACGGCCUCAUGGCCGACAACGCCGUCGAGUUCGAGGUGGUGACGGCGGACGGCCGGCUGCGCACCGUCAACCAGUGCAACGACCCGGCGCUGUUCUGGGCCAUGCGGGGCGGCGGCGGCGGCACGUACGCGGUGCUCGCAAAGUACCGCGUGCAGGUCUACCCUUCGCUGCCGAUCCACGCGUUUGAGUUUACCGCCAACUUUACCGACGCCGGGCCGAGCCGCGACGGGAGCAAGAACCGGGCCCUUCGCGAGAUUCUGCACGAGCACGCGAGGAGCCAGCCGGCUUGGUCUGCGCAGCUGCUCACGGGGCAGAUUGAGUACUUUCCGGAGCGCUUCUCCAUCAAACAGGUCGUGCCGUAUGGUGAUGACGGGGCGAAGCUCAGAUCCGCGAUGCAGCCGUUUUACGAGUAUCUCAACAACAGGACCGAUCUGCAGGUUAUUGCCAAAGGCUAUACUUCAUACGCCAACUAUGCAGCAUAUCUCUCCGUGACCGCCGCAGACGCCAAGAUUACGGAGCCGUCUGGCAUCUUUUCCAUUCUCGCGUCUCGUCUAAUUCCGCGCAGCGUCUUUGCCAAGCCAGAGACCCUGGAAGAACUCGUCGAGGGUGUCGCGCAGGGUAUCCUCGAUGCGCGAAAACUGGUCAACCGCACCGGCACGCAAGUCGUUUCCGAGACGCCCCUCACAAAUCUGGACGUGGACCAGUCGACGUCGGCCCAUCCGGCGUGGCGCGACGCUCUCUGGCACGUUAUCCACGUCGGCGAGUGGGACGCGCCACUGCCCGAGCGUCGGCUGCAGGAUGUGGUCGGCCCGGGCUUCCUGAAGCUCGUCGAGCCCUUGAAGAAGCUGAGUCCCGGCGGCGGCGCCUAUCUCAACGAGGCCAACUACCUGGAGCCGGAUUGGAAGCAGACGUUUUUCGGCGCAUUCCAUGAUCGACUGGCCGCCGUCAAGUCGAAGUAUGACCCGACUCACUUAUUUGACUGCUAUAAAUGCGUCGGCUGGAGGGGCGAGAACGACCCAUUCUACUCUUGCUAUCAGUAG